ACCACUGGCCAUGUUCAUCCUUGCUCUGGAUAUGUUUUUAGUCUUGGCAAAAACCUAUUUGACAGGUUACAGGAAGAUCAGUAUGAUUAUCAGUGGAAGGUAAACACUUACUAUCCUUUUCUUGAUGAAGGGGAGUGGGAACUAGCUAGAUUCUUGGUCAAAAACCUGAAUCAGACACAGAUUAACAAGAUCUUGAAGCUGAAAUGGGUAGGAGACUCUAAGUAG